AUGGAGUGCCUGGCGAGGGCUCCGUCUACGUUCACCGCCUUCUUUUUUCGCAGUCAUGCGCCUGCGUCCUCUGACCCGUGUGCUUCCAAGUUGCAUCUGCAGCAGCAAGGAGCGUCGCUCUGCCCCACAACUCUCACCAACGAUAAGAACACCACUCCGUCUUCAUCGAGUAAGGCACUCGUGCCCGUGGGUGGAACACUCGUGACCGUGGCUGUGUUGGAGGGCUUCGGGAUUGGAUUCCCAUCUAACCUCCGCCCGUUUGAUUCGCUCACUGCUCUCGUUGGUCGCGGGAAGAGCACCAGCAGCGGCAUCGGCGAAUCUCCCGCCGCCUCUGCCACCGCUGCAGCGACCGCCGCAUCUGCUGCAUCUUCCGUCUCUCUAUCCGUCUCCGCUCCGGCGGCCCCUACAGCUACCGUCCAUGCCCCUUCCUCGUCGCGCGCUGCUACCACCACAACAGGCGCUUUUGCCGGCCAUCACGGUAGCAGCAGUCGGAUUACCACGGGAACGGCGAUUUCGUCGUCUCCUUUCGCCGGCUUGUCGCCGCCUUCCACUCGGGUGACGUCGUCGCUUCUGGUGUCGUUUCUUGUGAACUACUCGGUUCUCGUGUCCGACUGGUGGCAGUUCAAGCACACCGCCAGGGACCGCCUCCUCGCGUGCGUCGGUUCCCGGUGGCCCCUCGCUGCCGUCGUCGCGCACACCUCGGACCCCGUCAAGGUCGCUGCGCUCGCCGCUGCCGCUACGGCUGCGGCUGCUGCAGCUGCCGCUGCGAUUGCCGCCGCAUCCGCGGAUGCGGAGCGGUUUCCGCAGCUGCAGUUUUUCCGCCAGCCGUUCCGAGGGCUGGGAUGGGGAGGUGGCUCGUUGCAAGGCGGUAAAGAGGGAUCCGAAACGGAAGGAGAGGAUGGCGAAGCGAGCGACGGCGGGGAUGCACCGGUUUCCCCGUCAGGGAGUGAGUCCGACGGAGAGCCGCGAGUGAACGAGCGCAAGUGGUUCGGUCUGUUGGGGGGACGGUCUGCGCGCGGCGAUGUGGAGGCGGAGGACGGCGGGCGAGGGGAGUUGGCGUCGGUGAUGCGCGACGACCUGGACCCCAGCAUGGUGUGGGGGCAGCGGCGCAUGGACCUGGACGCCGAGGACUCGCGCCGAGAGUUCCUGGGCAAGCCCGGCUUUAGCUUCUCCGCCGCGGGGCUGCUCUUCCCGUACCACCUGGGCGUCACGCACUUCCUCGAGCAGAACGGCUACAUCACGGAGCACACGCCGCUGGCGGGGUCGUCGGCGGGAGCCCUGGUGUGUGCGACGAUUGCAUCGGGAGUGGAUCCCCGCACGGCGCUGCGCCUCACAAAGCACCUCUCCGCGGACUGCCGCGCCAACGGCACGGCCUUCCGCCUCGGGAAGCUGCUGCGCGCCGUGCUGGAGGAGAUACUUCCGCCCAACGCGCACCUCUGCUGCAACGGCCGCAUCCGAGUGGCGGUGACGCAGGUGUUCGGCAGUCCGCGCGGCGUGCUGGUGGACCAGUUCGACUCGCGCGAGGACCUCAUCGACGCGCUCAUCACCUCCUCCUUCGUGCCCGGGUACUUGGAGCCCCGCCCCGCCACUCGCUUCCGCAACCGCCUCUGCAUUGAUGGCGGCCUCUCCCACUUCAUGCCGCCCACCGCAAGUGACGAAACGGUGCGCAUCUGUGCCUUCCCAGCGUCAGCGCUGGGGCUGAGCGGCAUUGGCAUCUCACCGGACCUGAACCCGCGGGAGUCGUGGAGCAUGCGGCAGCUCUUCUCCUGGGCGCUGGAGCCCGCCGAGGACGACUUCCUGGACGAGCUCUUUGACUGCGGCUACCAGGACGCUCAGUCGUGGGCGCACGGCUAUGAGGCUGCCAAGAGCCUCGAGAGGGCCAUGCCUCUGCAGCAGCUGGACGCUCCUGACCUGCUCUCACUCUCACUGCCGCUUUCUGGGUCCGCAGCAGGUGAUGUGAUGCAGGGAGGCAUGCUGAAUGCUGGCAAUGGUGCAGCUGCAGCCUUGGAAGUGGCUGUGGGUGGCAAGAGGAGUUGA